AUGGUCUCAUGGCGGUUUGGGCUGGGGCGCACGGAGUCGGUGGAUAACUACGACGGAGUUCUGGUUCCCUUAGAGCAGGCACAUCUUCACAGCCACUCGGCGCGGGUUGGGCGAGUCGAAUUUGAGACGCAGGACGAAAGUGCAGAUGAUGAGGACGAUGUGGGCUCCGCAAAGGACGAUCAGGGCGAGGGUAUGCUGCUGAUGAAUGCGGCCGAAUAUACCAUCGAGGGCCUGAGGGCGCAGAUGAGGCAAGGCAAGCGAGGGGAAUGGACCGAUUAUGAGAUAAAAUCUAAGCUCAUCAACAAGGCAAUUCAAGAUAUCGGUAUGGGGCGGUACAAUUGGCAGCUUUUUAUCCUCUGUGGCUUUGGAUGGUUUGCCGAUAACUUAUGGCUACAGGGCGUCUCGCUAACUUUACCGUCGCUGUCAGCAGAGUUCGAUAUACCAGAAAAGACAGUCAGGUAUACGACAAGCUCUUGCUUUGUAGGUCUCUCACUUGGGAGUUUCCUGUGGGGGAUAGGGUCGGAUGUCUUUGGCCGUCGAAUUGCCUUCAACAUGACGCUACUUAUCACGAGCAUCUUCGGCAUUUUAGCUGCGUACGGUAGAAGCUGGGGAGCCGUGUGUUUCCUCUACGCUGCAUUCGGUUUUGGUGUUGGUGGAAAUUUGCCUGUUGAUGGCGCCUUGUUUCUGGAGUUUCUACCAGACGCCUCCAGCUCUCUACUCACGCUGCUCUCCGUUUGGUGGCCUAUCGGACAACUUGUAUCUUCACUUGCCGCAUGGUUCUUCAUUGCGCAAUGGCCAGUAAAUCUCGGGUGGCGAUACUUCAUCAUGACUAUUGGCAUCAUUACUUUUGCCAUGUUCUGUGUUCGUUUCUUCAUCUUUUAUAUGUUCGAGUCACCAAAAUUCCUUCUCAACAAGGGUCGCCAGAAUGAAGCUGUUGCCGUUGUCCACGGCAUCGCCUAUCGGAAUGGUGCGAAGACGUGGCUCACCUCAGAAAUCCUGGAUCAAGUCGCGGCAGAGGAUCCUGAGCAGUCUUCCCAUAACGCCCAGCGAUACUCGAUAUCCUCCGCCCCGCGAUCAAACCUCUUUAAAGAGAAGCUCAAGGGGUUCUCGGGUGAGAGGCUGCGGCCACUCUUUCAAACCAAAACUCUGGCUUUGGCUACUACUCUUAUCUGGAUUUGCUGGGCUACUAUAGGAAUGGGAUAUCCAUUGUUUAACGCCUUUUUACCCCAAUACCUUUCUCACCACAACGAUGACUCGCAGGUUGAGGCCAUGCAAGACGAGACAUCAGCCAUUUCUGGCACCACAUAUCGUAAUUAUGCCAUCACAUCAGUAAUGGGUAUCCCUGGCAGCCUCCUCGCCGCGUAUCUAGUCGACCAUCCAUCCCCUUUCUUCGGCCGCCGCGGUACGUUGGCCAGCUCCACUGUCAUCUCGGCAGUAUUUCUCUUCGUCUUUGCCGCAUACGGCACCACAUCCACGACUCAACUCAUUUUCUCCUGUAUCGAAGCUUUUGCACAGAACAUCAUGUAUGGCGUCCUAUAUGCUUUCACGCCGGAGAUUUUCCCGGCUCCCGUCAGAGGCGCCGGCACUGGAGUUGCCAGUUUCCUUAACAGGUUGACGGGUUUGAUGGCUCCGCUCAUUGCAGCGAAUAUUCCUGGAGACGGGUCCACGACACCAAUCUACAUGUCUGCUGUUUUAAUCCUCGCAGCGUUUGUGGCGAUGUGUUUGAUUCCGAUUGAAACACGUGGAGCACAGCGUUUGUAG